UUUUCAUCAUCAAAGGAGACUUCUUCCAGUGACAGAACCUAUUCUGAGGCGAGGUUCCAGUGCAGAGUUCUCCAUUGAGGUCUUCAACGAGCAAAAGGGAGUGAAAUUAAUAGAUAAUGCUCAGAAGAAAAUGAUUACCUCAAACUCUUGUUGGCAAAAUGCAUAUCAAUAUCUUUUUGCUAGGUGUUCUGAGAUCUUGGCUGUUGAUGAGAAGAGGGCGUAUGCAUUCAAACAUGAAACUGAGAGACUUGUGACUGAAUUAAAAAGUUCAGCCCAGUAUGUUGAGAACAAGUUAGAUAACAUUGAAGAGAAAUCAGAACAUCUAUUACAAGGUUCUCAGAGAAUUCAUGAUUCUCUUGAUUUAAUUGGCAGCCACACCCAACAUGUAGCUCAAACUGCUGGACAUCUGGAAGGUCACAGAUUCUGUGUUAAUUCAUUCACAGAAUGUUUAUGAGCAAACUACAAAAAUUGCAG